AUGGCAUUCUUCCUUCCCCGCACCGCCUACCAUGUCCAGGCUCCAAUGAACCCACUCUACCAUCUACUCAGGGAACUCGACCAGUCAGUCCUGCAGCCCCAACAGCCACAGCGAAAGCGCCAAUGCCACCCUCAACAGAAGACCCGCGCUGAGGUUGCCUGCCCUGCCUACCGAGUCAACGCUCGCCCAUGGGAGCCCCGCUUUGAGGCUCACGAGACGGAGGACUCCUUCGUUAUCUAUGGCGAGCUUCCUGGUCUGAACAAAGAACACGUCACUGUCGAGUUCCCUGAGCCUACCAAGCUUGUCGUCAGUGGCAAGGUUGAGCGAUUCACAGAUGCCCCCAAGGCAGAUGAAAUCACCCCUGAGAAGACUGCUCCCACCCCGAUCAUCGAGUCAGACAACGAAGACACCCGAAGCAGGAGCUCAUACCAGGCCACUGUUGAGGACGAUGUUGAUGGUGACGACUUUGAAGUCUUGAGCCACGCAUCAGGAAAGUCAGAGGCCAGCAACCAGCCAGAGCCUGAGACUCUCAGUGAGAAGGCCAAAGAGAAGCAGCCUGAGCAGCCUGAGCAGCCUGAGCAGCCUGAAGAGCCAAGAGGCUCUGUCUAUCGCAAGGAGUUCUCCCGCUACUUUACCUUCCCCACCUAUGUCAACCACGAGGCAGUUACCGCUGAGCUUAAGGAUGGCCUCUUGACUAUAGUCGUUCCUAAAGUUACACCCAAGUCUCAUCGCAUUGAAAUCGAAUGA